AUGAUCGUCAUUGAGUAUAGCAAUAAGCGCUCACUGAUAUUGCACGAUUCUAAGGAUAAUAAUUCCAGAAACGAAAGUGCGACAGACAGUGAGAACGUCCCUGUGUCCGAUAUCAGCUUCGAACGAUCUUUGCGAUCAAAGCGAUCCAGCAAGUUUGCAUUUCGAAAUCGGAAGGCCAUCGUUUCCGACGAUUCCUCGAACAUCCUAUUGCUCGCAAACGACAGAAUAGGUGUUGCCAAGCAUGAUUCCGAAUUGUACCAUUGGAAGGUCACCACAGACAAAGGCAACAACACAGAUGCAUUACAUGAGAGCGAUUCGGAGCAGCAUAAAGAAAGUGUGGAAGAAGCAUCGAAAAUCAAGAAGAAGAGAAAAAGAAGAUUUUUAACAAUCUGCACGGCAAACUGCAAGUACGACGUGGUUAGACGUGUGGCUACGCGAUUCGGAAUGAGGGAAGUUACGGAGGACAGCAGCUGGGAUCUCUAUUGGACCGACCUGAGCGUCAGCGUGGAGCGUGCCAAGGACAUGAAGAGAUUCCAGAGGGUCAAUCACUUUCCUGGAAUGACAGAGAUAUGCAGGAAGGACUUACUCGCCCGUAAUCUCAAUCGAAUGUUGAAGCUGUUCCCGAAAGACUACAACUUUUUCCCGAAAACUUGGUGCUUUCCUGCCGAUCACGGCGACGCGAUGGCUUAUGCCAAAUCGCGACGGUCGAAAACUUUCAUCGUCAAACCGGAUGCGGGCUGUCAAGGACGCGGCAUUUACCUAACGAAACACUUGAAGGACAUCAAACCGAGCGAACGUUUAAUCUGCCAAGUGUAUAUCGCAAGGCCCUUCUUAAUAGAUGGAUACAAAUUUGAUCUACGUAUUUAUGCACUAAUUACGGCAUGCGAUCCUCUCAGGAUCUACGUGUAUAAUGAAGGGCUCGCAAGAUUUGCCACGUGUAAGUACAAGGAACCGACCAGUCACAAUGCUUCUAAUAUGUUCAUGCACUUAACGAAUUACUCCGUUAACAAGCACAGUCGAAUGUACAUCAUUGAUAAUGAGAUUGGCAGCAAGAGAAAGAUAUCAACGUUGAACAAUUGGCUAAACGCAAGAGACAUCGAUGUGGAUGAACUGUGGGAUAAGAUUGAUGGAAUUAUAAUUAAAACCGUGGUUGCCGCAUAUCCUGUGUUGAAACACAGUUAUCACGCGUGCUUCUCUACGCACGAUAAAACUUACGCAUGCUUCGAGCUUCUAGGAUUCGACAUUUUACUCGACUGGAAGCUCAAACCUUACCUUCUCGAAGUAAAUCAUUCACCAAGCUUUCAUACGGAUGCACAAAUAGAUAAAGAUGUAAAAGAGGAAUUGCUGAUGGACACCUUCGAUAUAUUGAAUCUUCAGCAAUGCGAUAAGAAAAAAAUAAUAGAAGAGGACAAAAAACGAAUCAGAGAGCGUCUUCUUCAAGGUAUAAGCGGAAAAGAUAGUAGUCUAGCUAACGACUCGACAGCUACAAUGAGAUCUGAGAAGAAUGAAAACGAUUACAUGCAGAGACAGUUUCAGUGGGAAGACCACCAUAUGGGCAAUUUCCGAAGAAUUUACCCGUGCCUCGGCGAAGAUAAGUAUCAAUCUUUCUUCACACAAAACGCGCUUUCUGUUUUCCAAGAUACGGUGGCGUCGAGAGCACGGGAAGAAGCAUUAAGGAUAGAAAGGGAAGAAAAUGAAUUAAAAACAAAAGAGGAAGAACGCAAAAGAGUAUUCGGGAAAUGGAGCGAGCAAAAAUUGAGCUCUGAAAGCUCAAGCGCGUCGAAAAAAUCGCAAGAAAGAAGUAAAUCCGCAGGCGUACUAAAGAAAAACAUCAAUAAGCAAGACGCACAAGAAUCUCCUACCAACGCCCUGUAUUCUUUCGAGCCUGAAAUUAUAUCCGAGUCUGAGGAGAGGGAGCGAAUAACGGCCCUAGCACAAAGGGAUUUUCUCAUCAAGAGUUAUGGCAUGCUUGAACAGAUAUACAUGGCGAUGAAGAGGAAUGGCACGCUACGACCCGCCGACGAGAGGAAGUACGGACUGUACGGUCGGCUGGGAUUACAUGCGAACACAAGCCACAGCACGUGUUCGCACAAGCUCCAUCAUCGCCAAAACGGCCAUCAGGACACCGUGCAACCAACCGCAAACCAAUGCUUGCAAUGUUCUCAAAGACGAAACGAACACAAAAUGGUGGAACAGGAACGUCAGUUCAACAAUUCAAACAGAAGCAUGUGGUUGACGUGUAACGAGGCGCUUGUUUAUGUUCGUCCGAAAAUACCGCAAAAAUUAUGGACAGAAGAAAUAAAUUGUAACGAUCACAGAGGUCGUGUAACAAAAGCACACGUUGCUAGAACACUAUCAAAUACCGUGCGUUUGCACACGCUUGAGAGAAGAGAAUCUUUCCAUUCUGCGAAAUCCAGAAUUAACGCUGCCAUCCAACAUUGAACAUAAAAUGGACAUUUUCUAGGAUAAGAAAAUGAUUACAAAAAUAUAAUAAAAUAAUUUUUUUUAAAUGACAUCUUUAUACGAAAAAUACGAAAGUUAUCGAUUAAAAACACUGACCAGAAGAAAAUUUAGAUAAUUAUUAUAAAGAAGACUGCGAUAUCUUGUGGCUAAUUUUGCUAAUGUCAAUCAAAUGAAGAUUAAUAACAACAACACUCAUAAUAAUAUUGAGAAAUUAAAAAAAUUUUAUAUUAAAUAUAUUAUAUAUUCUUAUAUAAAAGAGAUCACUUUUCCGCAUUAGGAAAAAGCUUUAUGUAAAUCCUUAUUCUGGAAAGAGUUUAAACGAGAAAGGAAAAUAAACUGUGUGGCUUGUCUGAUAUCCAGAAACUUAGGACAUAUGUUACGUUGGUGCGUAUGCGGAUGCUAUUUCAAGGUAGAGAACAGUAAUAUAAAAAUCAACAAUGUAUCGGUUUGUUAUUUAAAGUGCCAUAUAAAUAUGUACAAUAGAUGUAUGAGUGAACAUGUACAUGUCGCAUAAGAGUGGGAGUUAGGUACGCGUCGCUGCGUAUGUAAAAUGGUCGCCAGUCUAUAAUAUGUAUAACAAUUUUUUUAUUGCUGAUAUAUAUAUAUAGAUUCUGUAUUCACAUGAUAAAAAAUAAUCUAUGAACAAUUUAUCGCGUACUGGUGUUGCCUCGUUCAUGAUAUCGCGUCCACAUCGUUUUAUCGUAGCGUAUUGCCGGAUACGCUUUCUUCAGCUUCUCUUUUUGUUUACUCUUAUCGUUUUGUGUCGCAAUCGUGGUGGACGCGCUUUUUUUAAGUGUUACGGCAUACGUAAUCGCAUAAGUAAAAAAAAUAAUUAUAAUUGAGAGAAUCCAAAGUUCCUUCCGUUCUCUUCCAUGAGAUAACAAUAAUUUGCAUUGUACAAAAUAAUAUAUAAUGUACACUACGCCAAAAUUUACAAUCUAUAAGAAUCGCGUUGCAUUCUCUCCUAAAUUUCUAAAUCGCGAUCGGAUUUUCUAAAUUACAAUCUUUUUCAUCUUCGAAUUAAGAAACGUAACACGUUAAAAAUAAUAGCGACACUUUGCAGAAUCCACGCAUAUAUGACGAUGUAAUGUCGGCCACCCUGACUGUAAAUUCUAUGUUUUAUGUCAAUGUAA